AUGCGCACCUACAUUUCUGCACAGAACGCUGUUAUCUUAGCGUGUUCUCCACGGCUGGUCUGGGGAUGGCACUGUUGGAGCAAAAGUCCACUAUAUACAGUUGAUAUUCAGAGCUCUCUCAACGGCUUGAAAGAAUACGCGUUGUGUUCUCAAUCCCUAGGAUCCUCGGCCUUGGCAGACGACACGAAAAAGGAAGACUAUGGGCCAUGGUCACAUGCGCCCGUCUGCACAUCUAUUCUCCCAAGCAUCAACGACAAGCUAUGCGUAUACACAGAUAUAUCUUUCGCUCAAAACCGAGGCAUCUCGAUAUUCACUACGCCAAGUCUGGCCAGGGACUUCGCAUCGCUACCCGCCUUUCGCGAUGCAUCAGCCCUCGUAUCUCAAUCCAUCAACAAGCCCACAGAUACCUAUCACGCUACAUCUAUACCAGGAAAAGGCAUCGGAAUGCUCGCCUCACAGCCCCUGAAAUUUGGAGAGCGGAUCACGGCAUAUACCCCUGCGUUUCUAGCCUACUUGGAAUCCGAACUAUCCACACUAGACCGCGAAGCCCUCUGGCGCACCGCAAUCGAGCAACUCCCCUCGGACCUGAAGGAAAAGUUUCUCGGUCUCGCAACCGUAUACGGCGACCCUAGAGUACAGGUCCAAGAUAUCGUCAAGGCGAAUACGUUCCAGGUUCUGCUAAAUGGGGUGAAUCAUCUAGCUGUGUGGCCAGAGACUAGUCGUUUGAACCACGCUUGUGCACCAAAUGCACAGUACGUCAUAGACACCGACCAUUUAUCCCACACAGUCCGCGUCACGCGACCUAUUGCUGAAGGCGAGGAAAUCACAAUCUCAUAUACCUCACCCCUCGAACCAACAGAAACCCGCCAACACCACCUCGCCCAAGGCUUCCACUUCACCUGCACCUGCCCCCGCUGCACCUCCCCCAUAACCGACAUCACCCUCUCCAUCAUCAACGAUCUGCAGGCCCAACUCAACGAUUGGUCCGAUGCAUCGCUGGGCUCACCCCAAGUAGCCGAGGAACUCCUGGUGUUGUAUCGAGAAGAAGGGUUGGAAGGGUUCAUGGAUACGCCGUAUGGAUUUGCGGCGCUAGCGUAUAGUGCGGUGGGGGAUGCGGAGAUGGCGGUACGGUAUGCGGAGAUGGCGAGGGAGGCGGUGCUGAUGAAGGAUGGGCGGGGGUCGCGGAAUCUGGGGAUUUGGGAGGAGAUGAUUCGAGGGGUGAGGGACCAUUGGAGUUGGAGGCGGAGGGUUUGA